CUGAUUUUCCUGAGAGUCAGUGAACACAUCAUGAAACAAAACUGGCAUGCGCGCUCCGAUAGAAAGCAACGUCAGGAAGUGAAGGCCUAUAGACAGUAAUCUAAUCGGUUUUCGUUGAUCUUUGAUUUGGACCACAGCUCUGCGCUGAAAAUGGACUGGAUUGGUUUCGGCUAUGCUACUGUGGUCAUUUUUGGAGGAUUUAUGGGAUACAAGAGAAAAGGCAGUGUGAUGUCCCUGAUUGCUGGGUUGGUGUUUGGUGGACUAUCUGCUUAUGGCGCUUAUAACAUCUCCAAUGAUCCAAAAAACGUCCUGGUGUUAUUGGGCUCCUCCGGGCUGCUGGCAGUCAUCAUGGGAACAAGAUACAAGAAAUCUGGGAAACUAAUGCCUGCAGGAAUUAUGUCGGGGUUAAGUUUGCUGAUGGUGUUUCGCUUGUUGCUCCUGAUCAUGGUGUGACCAACUGAGAAACCUCUCAGUCUCUCUACGAACCAGUCAUUAUAAAAAACGAGCUUCACUACCAAGUCUGUAUUUCUGGCAGGGUUUUUCAAAGUCUUUAAUUCAUGAUCCUCAUGCGAGUCUGUGUAUGAUUGUAAAUAAUUUCAUGUAAUAAAUAAUUUGAUGUAAUUAACCUGAAUUUACUUACUAAACAUGACAAAAUACUUGUUAACAUUA